AUGGUUUCCCAACCUCAAGCGGGCGAUUUCUGCCUCGAGUGUCGGUGGGAAGAUCUCCAUAUUGACAAUAGCGAGUCACUAGGCUCUUCCGGGGACUCGUCUCGGCCCCAGUGGAACUGCACAGACCAAGAGCAUCACACGUCGCUAGCUCCAACCAAAGCCAGUGACCCCUGCUGUGACUUGGACCACUGCUCAGCCGACUGCCAGUCUGUAUGCGACGGCUUCGUAGACUGUGAUGCCUCUGAAGUCUGCUCUACCACUCAUCGUGACAAGCUUCACUGCGAAGAAGACCAUUGCGACGAGGAUCAUUGUGAAAGCACAGACUCCCUCUGCUUGCAAGAUCACUGCUGUGAUACGGCCAUAGCUGGCGACUGUGGCUUCGAAGCCUUUUUUGGUCUCACAACGCCCGUGUCCCUCGAUACCACGGGAAUGCUGCCCUCGUCCGCCAUGACCCAUCAACCUUAUGCUGGGCAAGGAAAACCCGAGUAUACCCUACCGGCCAUGAUUGACCCUUGCUACCACGAGUCCUUUUUAUCAUCGUACCAGGAGCACUCUUCACACUGCGAUCAAAAUGUGUCCAACCAUUUUGAGUGCCAUGACUUUCAGAAGGACUUGCAAGACAUGUUCGGCAACCAGCAUUACCCGACAGCGACCGAAGUCAACCCAUCCGAUGUCUUUCAGAUGCUUGGCACAUGCCCGGACUUCUCCGUUUGCCAUGAACCGCAUCUUCCGGCGCCGCAACUCAUCCCCAAUGCCCUCGAAAAACCCAAGACCGACCCUGCUGCGGAUGCCCUGAACUGCUUCCACCCCGAACACCACCAUGUCCAUGACCACGAGCAUGCUCACGCCCACUUCAAAAAUCCGAACGACCUGAACCUCAACAUUCCUCGCGGCGCUCAUCGCAGUCAUCAUCGAUGCCGAGGGCAUCAUCACAUUCAUGCGCAUCAUUAUUCUCCAUACUCGCGUCACUCCCGGUCUAGUGUCAGCUCCCAUUUCCUGUCGAGCCCUAGGGAUACUCCACCACCACUCGAGGGGGGAUCCUCCUCUAUCAUGACCACGCCUGAAUUCUCAACAGACGAUAAUGAGAUACACAUGUGCAAGUGGACGUCAACCAUCCAUGGCAUCAAGACCCCCUGUGGAGCCACAUUUGCGGACGCAGGCGCCCUCCAAGAGCAUCUUACGGCAACCCAUAUGAACACAAUCGAUGGUGCAAAAGGCACCGGCUAUUAUUGUUGCUGGGCGGGAUGUCAUCGCCCAGACGAUCCUUUCUCACAGAAGUCCAAAUUGCAAGGGCAUUUCCUUACCCAUAGCAACUACAAAAACUUCCGUUGCUCUGUUUGUGGAAAAUCGUUUGCGCGCCAAGCAACAUUGGACCGUCAUGAGCGGAGCCACCGGGGCGACAAACCAUAUAAAUGCAAGGAAUGCGGUAAAUGUUUUACCGAUAGCAGCGAACUUAGUGAGCCUCCCGCAAGACUCGACCCCGAUAUGAGCAAUGCUAAUAUUUCAGAAACCCAUUCGCGAACUCACACGGGCGAGAAGCCCUUCAAAUGUGACUGGCCAGGGUGUACUUUCCAGACUGGCGAUUCCUCGAAUAUGUCCAGUCAUAGGCUCACACACGGCGAACGAAAGCACAAGUGCCCUUACCCUGGCUGCACGAAGAGCUUUACACGACCUGAUCAAUUAAAACGACACCAACGAUCUACUCACAAAGACGCAUCCUCUACUCUACCUUCCCCGAGUCCAUCGGCCGACCAUUUCGCCCUCCCUUACGCGUUUGCUUCAUGA